AUGUCAGUUUUAAAUGAUCCUUCAGCUUUGAAACUUUAUUCUGAUGACAAUGUAAUUACUCAAGAUAUUUCACAUGGUACAGAAGAAAAUUUUCUCAAUAUUUUACAGAAUUUAUCAGAGGAUGAUCUUUAUAAAUUUUUUGAAAUUGAUAAAUGUAUUAAAUGGAUUGAUGAAAAUAAAUUUCAAAGGGUAGCUCUUCAAUUACCAGAUUCUUAUCUCAUUUAUGCAUAUUUUAUUGUACAAAAUAUUGAAAAAAAGUUAGAACAUGUAAAACUGUAUGUAUUAGCUGAUACUUCUUAUCGUAGUUGUUGUGUUGAUGAUAUUGCAGCUGAACAUGCAAAAUGUGAUUCAUUAAUUCAUUUUGGUGAAUCUUGUCUUACAUUAGCUUCAUGUAGAAUGCCUGUACUAUAUAUUUUAGGAAAUUUACCUAUAAAUAUAGAUUUAAUUAAAGAUUUUAUUUGUAAAAAUGAAAUUAAAGAAGAAAAUAUUGCCUUAGUAUAUGAUUCUUCAUACAAUAAACAUGGAGAGGAAUUAUUUAAUCUUCUUAAAGAAUUAUUAAGUGAUAAAAGAAUAUUUCAUUUUCCAAUUGAUACAAGUAAAGAGGGGAAACGUGUAAUUGGAAGAAGUGUUCCCAAAGAAUUUGAUGAAAAUUUAGAAAAUGUUUUAGUUUUUUUUGUUGGUUCUUGUGAUUCGCCAUUAAUAACAUUAUGGAUGAUGACAUUUAUCAAUAUAGUUCAAGGAAUUAUUUAUGAUCCUAUUUUAAAUAAAAUAGAAUACAAAGAUUCUUUUGCAUUUAGAUUAUUAAAAAAACGGUUAUUUCUUAUUGAAAAGAUUAAAGAUGCAGAAAGUAUUGGAUUAGUUAUUGGAACACUUGGAGUUAGUGGACAUAAUGAAGCUAUUCAAAGAGUGAGAGAGUUAUGUAAACUUAAUGGAAAGAAAUUAUAUGUUUUUUCGAUUGGAAAAUUAAAUGAAGCAAAGUUGGCUAAUUUUUCAAAUGAAAUUGAUGUUUUUAUAUUGUUAAGUUGCCCAUUUGGUGUAUUGUUGGAGACUCGUGAUUUUCAUAAACCUUUAGUUUGCCUAUUUGAAGCAGAAAUUGGUUUGAAUGGAGAUAAAAAGUGGUUUGCUGAAAAAGGAUGGACAAGUGAAUUUUUAAACUUUAUAGAUGAUAAAAUUAAAAGUUCAACCUGUGAAGAUGAUGUUGAUGUUAGUUUAGUUACUGGGCAAAUUCGUAGAACAAAUUUAAAUUCAUACAAAAAUGACAAAGAAAGUCAGGAAAUUCAGCUUUAUUCUGCAAAUAGUGUACUAUCUAAUAGAUCAUGGAAAGGACUAGAUCCAAGUAUUAAAGUUAAUGAUGAUGAUGAUUUAACAAUUAAAGAAGGAAUAAAAGGAAUUGGAGCUCAAUAUUUAUCAGAACCUUUUAAUAAAAAUUAA